AUGCAGUGCGCGGCCGGCUGCCACACGGCUUGCAGCAGAUGCCAGAGCAAGCUCCCCGGCAAGCGGUGCCACUCGUGCGACCAGGGCGGCGCCUACGUCCGGUGCCCCGUGAUGGACGGCAUCGUCUGCUCCGCCAGGGUCCGGUGCGCCUACCACCAGCACGGCUGCCCGAGCUACGUGCCCUACUACGAGCCCCGCGACCACGAGAGCGUGUGCCCGCACGCGCCCUGCUCCUGCACGGAGCCCGGCUGCGCCUUCGUCGACUCGCCGCGGCGCUUCCUCGCCCACCUCAUCGACGCGCACUCCUGGCCCGUGCACACCAUCCGCUACGGCACGCACCUCGGGCUCGGCGUGCGGGCGUCGGAGCCGCGGGUCCUGCUCGUCGCGGCGGAGGAGGACGAGGCCGUGUUCCUCCUGGCCAUCGGCGCGCUCGGGCCGGCCAGGGCCGUCUCGGUGGUGUGCGUGAGGGCCAACGGCGAGGCUGGUCAGCAGUACGGGCUCAAACACUGGGCGCACGCCAGCAACGAGCGCGCCAUCACGCUGGACUGUGAAGUCACCAGCAGCGCUGCGCCGGGCGAGGUCGCCGUGGAGACGGUGGAGUUCUUGACGGUGCCGCCGGCCAAGAUGACUGGACCUCAGGCGGACAAGGAGAUGGUCAUCACUGUUUGCAUUGACAAGAGCUUCUGA